GCGGCGACGGUGGUGGGAGGCGCUGCCUUCCGCAGCCACGGACGAGGCGCGGGCAGCAUGCUCACGUGCUGCCUGGUUCAUGAGCGCGAAGGUGCCUUUUGAGGCGCUUGCCUCUGCCGCCAUGGACGAGGUGCCGUCGCCAGCCCCUUUUUCCCUUCCCCAGCUGCAGGUGCCAGCAGUGUUGCCGUUGCUGCCAGCAGUGUUGCCAUCACCGCCCUCCCUCCCUGCCGACGGUUUGCUCUGCAGCAUUGUUGAGGUGACCGCCAGACUCUACAGGCAGGUGAGCAAGGCGGCCAAGGGCGGGGAGGCCCCAUCGCCCCCAUCCGACGCUUUGAUGCCACCGCCAGGUGAGGGAGGCGCCACGUCUCUCCGCGCCUUCUAUGCCGCAUUCGUGCACCGCGUGCGACGGGCCUACCAGCCACACCACGUCAAAGACGGCAUCUUUGGCGCGAUGAUGGAGGUGAGCGCGGGUGGUAGGAGGCGAAUGGUGAGGGGAGGUGUCGGGGAGUGUAGGGAUAAGCACGAUGUGGCGCAUUGUGUGUUGGCAUGCAUGUGGGUUGUAUACCAGCCUGGCAGCCUCACCAUCACGCCAUCCCUGCCACCAUGCCUCUUCCCCCUGCUGGGCGUGCAGGUGCACAUCGCCAACAGCCGCCCCGUCACUCCCUUCCUCCACUCGCGCAAGCAGUCCGGCACAGAGGGCAACGGGCACAGAGCGGGAAACUGGAGCAAUGGGAGCGAUGAGGGCAAGGAGGGGCAACGAGGCACACUAGGGGCUGCAGACGGGGGGGGGGGGUUGGGGGCGCUCGUGAAGCCUGUAGGCAGGCACCGUGGCAUGGUAUUGCGAGGGGCUGCUCUCUGGGCCGUGGUUCCUUCCCUCCUGCUGCACCCCAGCCUUUCCAAGGAACGUACCCAUCACAACCCAUUGCUUCCUGCUGCUCGCGUAUCACUCUCCCCCCACUUCUCCUCCCUUGCAGUGCAGGUGCGUAACCGGUGUCGCUGCCCCUCGCUGAGGCAUGUCCAGCUGGCGACUGCUGCCUCUACCUCACCCAUGCCGACGUGA